AUUUGAUCCAAACGUUUUUUGGAUAAAGAAUAAUAGAGUUGUGUUCGGAUUGCGCUUAUUCACCGGGAUCGUUUACCUAUACCGCAGACUACCUAACAGAUGUGGGUUUGUUCACUCGGGCCAGUUAAUGAAAUAGUUUGAGGAUGAAAUACCACUACAUGACAUUUAAUUUUUGUUUUAGAGUUGUGCUGGUAGACGGUGCAGCCGUACCUCUAGUCGAUGGUGGUACCUAUCGUCACAUCUACAAUGGAGGUGCACUGGUGCAGAGGGGCCAUGUCGACUUUAAAGGGCAAUAUUGUUGGACCACAUUGUGAGUGUUAAUACGCUUUCUGCAAUACCUGAGGAUUAUUACAUAUUCACCUUGUAUGUGAACUCGAGUCGCUUGAUAACAACGAUGACUGAAUGCAGUGUACAGAGACAAUAUUAACCCAACAGACACAUGUAUUAUACCAGUCUGUAUCAGCUAUACGACCAUACGUAGGCAGACAUGUGCGGUCUCCGCUCACGAAAAAAAGGACAUUCUUGGACAAUGUCGCAUAUUUCGACUUUUACGUGUACAACGAUUUUGUAAGUUUGUGAUUCAAAAGUAUCACGUUACUUCGACUCUUUUAAAGUGUUGUUGACUGUUUUAAAGAUGACCAAGCGAUCAGUCUUGAUAUGACGUCAUACGGAAAGGCAGUUAUGUGAUACAUGGAUCGUACGUCCUCGACAUAAUACUGUAACGUCCUGUGUAAGUUUAAGGAUUGAUUAAAACGUAUUUGAUGAGCUCCACGUCAUGACCGUCACAUCAAGUCUCCCUGGAUACACCUCCUACCUACCUCCACGGGUAGUUGACGUCCCUCGGGAAGCCAUCCGAAGCUUCCACCAUUCCAAGAAAGUCGGAAACUAUUUACUUGGGAAGACUAUUGGAGAAGGAUCCUUCGCCAAGGUCAAGGAGGCUCUUCACGUACCCACAGGGGAACUGGUUGCCAUAAAAGUAAUUGAUAAAAAGAGGGCGAAGCAAGACAGCUAUGUCCGGAAAAAUCUUAGACGUGAAGGUAAAAUUCUUCAACUGGCAAGACAUCCGAACAUCGUACAGUUGUUUGAAAUCAUGGAAACCGAAAAUAGCUACUACCUCGUGACUGAACUGUGUAAAGGAGGUGAUCUUAUGGACUAUAUUUGUCAGCGAAAGAAACUUGAAGAGAGGGAGGCAAAGAAAUUUAUUCGACAGAUUGUUUCUGCUAUUGAAUAUCUACACAGACUUGGGAUACUGCACAGGGAUCUAAAAGUGGAAAAUUUACUGCUAGAUGAAAAUCGUGACAUCAAGAUAAUAGAUUUCGGUUUGAGUAAUACAAUCAAGGUCUCUUCUUCUAAAGACUCUGUACGUGCGCAGGAAUAUUUAAACACACAAUGUGGAAGUCCUGCUUACGCAGUACCGGAACUUCUUGGGCGUAAAAAGUAUGGUCCUCAAGUAGAUGUCUGGAGCAUAGGUGUUAAUAUGUAUGCGAUGCUGACUGGGAACCUGCCUUUCACUGUUGAUCCCUUCAAUAUAAAAACCCUGUACAACAAAAUGCUGAGCGGUCAAACUAAUCCUCUUCCCGAACACGUAACAAAGGAAUGUCGUGAACUGUUAAAACGUUUCCUGACGCCCGAGCCCGAGAAACGUAUCACCCUUGACGACACGAUGAAACAUUCGUGGGUGGCAGAAGGAAAGGGUAUUGCGAUGGAACGAGCACCUUGUCCGAACAAACUACGGAACGACGAACUAGAUGACAACAUCAUGAAACACAUGACAGAAUCACAAGGGUUUCGACUGUCAGAGGUGAUCCGAUUCGUUAUCGGAAACAUCCCUAGUCCUGCCUUAGCAAUGUAUCAUAUCCUUCACCGGAAGUUGGUUCGGUAUAUGGCAGACAUGCGUGUGAAGGGAAAAGUGUCUGCGAUGGAUUCACCAAUGUUUGGUCACAAAAAAGUAUCUCUAGUCUUUCAGAAAAUCAAAGCUCGUCGUAACUCUGCCGGUAGCGAGGACAGCCAGACAACUAACACUCAGAGGUUCGGUGCUGUCAACUACAUGGCCAAGAAAAAACAUACUCGAGUAGAGAAAGUCGACGACGUGAAAAUAACAGACAUGGAAAACGAUGAAAAUGAUCAGACGAAAACAUUUGAAAGGGAGGCAAUUGACGUAACAAGGACGGAACAGACGAAACUAUCUUUUUGUAAGUCCCCACUGCCCAUACGACGCGAGACGACCUACCUUCCAAUUGUUCCUGGAAAGGUGAUAGUACGGGGUGCUGGUGUUUCGCAUGACCUGCCUCCUUCCCCAGACUUACAUAGUGAGGACAUAGGGAGUGACAACUGUGGAACCGCUGAUGGUAUAGACUCGCACAGCACCGUCAACAAACGUUCCAAUUACCGACCUCAUAUGAUGCCUCCAAGACGCCAUCUUAGCCGGGUGAAGCAAUAUUUAUGGGAGGAUCCAUUACCGUCAGCAGAAAAAGGAAAUGCCGAGACGGCUGAUGUGUUAGUGCGUCGUCUAAUCAAGCGAUGCAAUACAGACCUUACAGUGAAUAUGAAGGGCAAUAAACCCCGCUUUCAGAGGGCGCAACAUCAUCCGGAUAACGUCACUCAUCAAAUGUGCAAUGGACAAAAUAACGUCUAUAUUAGACGAACAGAAGUUAAAAUAGUAAAUAACAAGAAACUAAUACAUCUAGAUUACUCGCCUUGUGGUGGAAACAAAGACGUCAAGCAUGUGGUGACUACAGCACAUGGUGGUGCUGUGUGA